CGAGCUAUACAUGUGCAUAGGCUGAUGAUGGAGCAACAUGGUACGGGAUGGAAGCGCUUGAGUAUCACAAAGAUAACAAAGAAAUUCGGGCUCUUGAGUAAUCGCGAUGUUCACCGUGAGUCAUUUUAAUAAAUGGAACUAAAUAAUAUUGAACCUCGGAUGGAUUUCGUAAUGGGAGAUCCGUCGUCGACUUUUUUCUCCGUCGAUAUCGGUGCAGGACAGCGACAACGGUGACUAUUGCGUGCGACAAGCAAGUGGUGCCGCCAUUAAGCUACGGCGAGGUAUCCGAAGUUCGCACGAGGGGCUUUGACGUCAGUGGCCAAGAACGCUGAUAAUCUUGCGACGCAGAUAUCGCUACGCGGAAUAUCAAACGAUAUCUACGGUGGUUUACGGACGGAAUUAAUCAGAUAUAUGAACGCAUUUGGUGGUUUAUGGUUUAACAUACGACCUCGAGAAUAUUAGCGGGCCCACAAUGGGCGGGGUCGUGGCUUGGGUCGAGUGAGAGACAUGGAGCGACCUCAGUGUUCUCAGUGGUGAGCUGCACGGCCAUCGCCGACCGUCGGUUUCGCCUAGAGCAACCAACGUCAUUCUGCUAUGACAUCGCUCUGAAAACCCCAGAUUAUCCCAGUAAAAAGAUUCUAGCUAAAGUUACGGUAAACGUCGCCGGGGACGGUUCGCGUGACGGCGAGCCAUCGAAGAGGAGCGAUGUUCCGUCGAAUUCUUUCUUCUUUCCGAGGAAACCUGCUCCGAUGCUAAGGAGAGACGUCCGCAGUACGCUACUACGGGAUAACACGAAUUUUGACAUUAACAGGUCCUAACGGAGAACGAGCCGAAACGGGAUUAGCGAUAGAAUCGGUCGGGGCACCCCGGUUUCAUAAAUAUUCCCGCGGAAUUAUCAGCCGCUCCUGUUCACGGGCUGUCCGCGUCGCGAACGCCGACGAACGCAAACGUUUGCCGAAGCCGGACGAGAAAAAUGAGGAUCAACGGGACCGUUCAACAACGUUUCGAUAUCUCGGAGGACUGUUCUUGCGGGGCGUGCACGUAAACACGAACCCAGAGGAGGGCUUUCGCCGAGAGAAAAUACAAGCCGAGCGAAAUUGCACGGUGGGCUCAACCUCGCCCCGUGUCUCUGCUAUUCGACAACGAUAACACGACGAAAAGGGAGAAAGAGAGAGUGGGGAAGAGAAAGAGAGAAAAAAAGAGUGAGAGAGAGUGAGGAAGGGUGGGAAGGAGAGAGGAGGCGGCUAGAAUUAUCUAUAUACUGUAUAUAGGUACAUAUACAUACAUACGCAGGUGGCGAGAGAAAGAGAGAAAAGGUAAAAAGAGAGACAUAGGAGGUGGAAGGGUGUAGAAUAGGCUCGAAAAAGAGAGACCGAACGAGGGGAAGGGAAUGAACGGCCCUGGGAGUCAUCAGCAUCGCGGCUUGGGCAUGCAGGGACGUUACAGGGCCGUAAUAACCGGUGGCACCCAGGCUGGGCCUCACCCGCGACCACCGGCGCCGCCACAUGCCCGCGGUGGAUGGCACCCCCAUAAUCAGCACCCUCAGCAUGCCCAGAUACCUCAGCAAUACACCGGCAACAAGGAAUACCCGUAUCGACAGUGUCCACCGCCACGCUUCCACAACGGGGAUUGUCCUGGGGUGGGUACGUCUUCCGGACCAAACGGUAAGGAAGUCUCGUAUCACGGUAGCGUAGGCGGAUCCAGCGUUGGUUAUAAGCCGCCCCCUCAGCACAGUCCUCAGUCCAGAGGACCGCCGGCCCAUUUUGCGCCGGAGUCCGUGGGCCCUCCGGCGAACUCUCCUCCACUGCACAUCAAUAUCUGCGGCCAGGAGAACCCGAUGCGUGAUCCAUUAAUGAACCUGAGCCCGGGUCUAGGAGCCAGCGGCGUCGAUAUGGAGUACCGUAGGAGUUCCCAAGCCACCAAUCAGCUACCUUUGAGUCCUGUACAAAUCCAGCCGUCGCCGCCAUAUUACAGACAGCCUAGUCAAGACGACGGCAGAAAGAGCGAGUCUCCAUCCAGAAAACGUCGUCGGAUAUCUCGCAACGGCGCCGUUUCCGAGAUAGAGGUCCACGAAACGACGCCUCCGUCGCCUACGCCCCCGCUGCACACGACCCUACCAUCCAUAUCCUCUUUACCGUCCCUGCCAACUCCUCCGCCGCCAUGGGAUUUCUCUCCGGUGCCUCAGCGACGAUUGCCACGCCAUCGCCCGACCGUGAGGAGUCGUCAUCAACGAUUCGAAACUUUCGGGCAUACGCAACCGCUGCGGCCCGGUCACCAAGCCCUUCUGUCCAUUCACAACGCGCUCCAUGAGAUCCACGGCUCUCAUCUCAACAUUCACCAUAAUCUGCAUAACUCCCACUAUAAUAUGCAUAACGCGCAUCAGACGCAUCCCCAUCAUCCGGCCGGGACGGGACACCAUCCUGCGCAAGGGGCGGACGGACCUGUGGUGGUCGACGUCGGCCAAGUCGGUGUAACCGGCUUAGGGGUUGCCGUGAGCGGGGAUCCCCCCUGGCAUCCUCAAGCGACAGGUUACAGAAUUCCUUGCCAGCUGCACGGCAUAUACACGCCGAACGGGGCACACGCGUUUGCGCACUCGUGUCAGGUCCCUCAUCACCCGGGCCACUAUUCCACGCCCCAUCCGAACCAUCCAGCUCAUAGUCUGGUCGGUACGAUAAUGGGCGCACCAUCCAGAGUAUAUCCAACGCCUGCUGGAGGUCCCGUCGCAGCCCACCAUCAUGCUCACGCGCCUCCACCCCCCGUCCAUACUGCUCACUACACAACACACCACCAGCUCUCACAACAGCGGGAAGUCGAAUUAGAGUUAAUAGAAUCCCAUCACCCGCAACGAGUCGGAGCCGCCGCGGGUGCUCCAUUACCAUUACCGCAUUCGUACUCACCGCCGGCUCUCACUCAAGUCACGACACCUCCACCCAUAUUCUUGUCGGAAACCAGGAAUAGUCAAUUGGAGAUGAUUCAGACGAGACCCCGUCCACCGGCCGAACGUAGUGUCAUCACGCUCAGACGAUUGAGACGAUGGAGAGGCGUACCGCCUGGAUCCGUACCUAUCCCAGGAUUCUUACUGCACCUCUUGGCGAUGUUAAGAAACCCGCCACCAUUAUCCCCGUACAGCCAGGCGGAGCUGUCCUCGCUGUCCGUCUCGGAUUCAGCGACCGAGAAUUACGAGGCUUUGCUGACCUUAGCGGAGAGGUUAGGGGAGGCGAAACCGCGUGGAAUGACCAGAGCCGAAGUCGAGCAGCUGCCCUCUUACAAAUUCAACGCGGAAACGCACCAGGGCGACCAGACCAACUGCGUGGUCUGCAUGUGCGACUUCGAGGCCUUGCAGUCCUUACGCGUGCUGCCCUGCUCUCACGAGUUCCACUCCAAGUGCAUCGACAAGUGGCUCAGAUCGAACCGAACCUGUCCAAUCUGCCGCGGGGACGCCGGCGAGUAUUUUGGCAACAGCGGGACCGGUAGCGACUGACGCCAGCCUGCUCAAGUGCACUAGCGCCAACUGUCGCAGGUCUCAGGGACGCUACUUCGCACAGAGCAUCCAGCUGUCACGUUGCUGGUUUGUGCAAAUUUCUGUUGAUACGCAUUUGCGCGCCUUUUCUCUUAGCCGAGCUGGCCCCGACGCGUAGAAGAACGAGUAAAAGAGAGAGCGAGCGAGAGAGAGAGAGAGAGAGACGAGAGUACGAAUGAGAAAGAUACAGAGAGGGACCCGGUCGUCGUCACGCGAUCGUCAACAUCCUGCCUCGGCUCGCCCGUGAACGGACCGCAACUUCCGGAGAGGAAUUUCGGUGACAAAGGCGUACUGAGAUACAGAAACAGAUAAAGAGGAGGGAGAAUGAGAGAGAAUGAGAGGGAGAGUAGAGAGAGAGAGAGAGAGAGAGAGAGAGAGAGAGAUAGUGAGAAGAGCGCGAAGGAAAGGGGAGCAAGGUGAAAAGAAAUACUAAGAGAAAGUAAAUUCAGGGUACGAGACGUUAUGUGUCGGCGCCGAGAAAAGGACCUAUUACGACGAAGGUACACGAUUUUAAUUACAGCAUGCGAACGAGAAUGAAAAGAUUCGAGUAAGGCGAACAACGUCGCUGCGUUUAUUCCAUUGUGUUUUUCACCGGGAGAAAAUCGAGAAGACGGAGAGGAGGACGAGGAGCGAAAUGUACACGGCGACGAGUCGGACCGUUCCCAAAAUCUGAGGCGAAUUUGAAAAUCGUACUAUCGAAAGCCGCGCUUAUCGAAAAUGAAUACAACGUCCGAUUCGAAUGCCCGUCAGCUUCUCGUCGGAUUCAACGCGCGUCACGAGCUUUUCCUCCCGUUUAUUCAUUUAUUCUUUCCCCGCGAGCUUUGCGUUUUCUCGUAGCGCGCUUUCUUCGUGUACACGGGAACUGGACGCUCGUUUGUCGUUUUGUGUUGCAAGUUAUGUAUACUCGGAUAGUGUACAGAAUUAAUUAGGGCUCGUCGCGUGUUCGCGCGAGGCUAUUGCCACUUUCCAUUAACGUUCCAGGUUUUUAUUAGGAUUAUUAUUAUUAUUAUUAAUGUUAAUAUUAUUAUUAUUACUAUUAUUAUUAUUAUUAUUAUUAUUAUUAUUAUUAUUAUUAUUAUUAUUGUAUAGUUGACUUUCAGUCCUACGAAUUGUACAUAUUAACUUGCAUAAAACACUCCUAUACGUAAUUACGUGUGAACAUACAAUCGUCCGUAAGGUAUCCGUUUUUUUCAGUCUUUUUUUGUCGAUGGGGGCUAGGGAGGGAUUGAGGGGGAGCACUUAACCAAAUGUAGUCGCGUGUAUUCCGUUUUCUUUGUAUUGUUUCCUGUUUUGCGAUCUGUAUGCCCCGUCGCGAUCGAGGCAAAGGGAAUCCAGCGAAGAGAAGCGAAACGAACGCACACUUGUAACCGUUCUACGUCUUUAGGUUUCAAUUUCGUUUCCUGUUUCGUCGCGUCGCGUCGCGUUUCGUUUCGUUUCGUUUCGUUUCGUUCCCCGACGAUGAUGUUCGUUUCCUCUCGCGUAUCCACCGGUUUCUUCAAACGUUUUUCGGGAACGAACCUUGAGAAGAAGGAAUAAGGGGAGGGGGCUAAAGAUGAUGCAAGGUGUUCCGCCGGCGUUACUUAAGAAUUCGAUUAAAACACACGAACACACGCACACACACAUACACACAGGACACACAGAGAUACCCUUAGAGAUCGUAAACUUCCGGUGAAAGAGUGGACAAGAGAGUUGUGAGCGAGAGUGAGAGGGAGAGAAAGAGACAGAGCGUGAGAGGAUAAAUAGAUUUACCGAAAAGAACAAAAUGGCUCUUCGGCAAUAGUUGUUUACUACGCAAAACAAAACGGCUACGUAAAGAAGAUACAAAACUGAAUAAUUAUAAUGAUAUGAACAAAAAAAAAUAAAAAGGAAAAGUAACGGGA